AUGUGUAGUUUAACUUCUAGAUUAUCUGGAACGCAAUCUUCUUUGCCCUCUGAGUUGCUAAACUCACUUCCGGCCGCCAAACGCCCAGCUUUGGUCUCACUAUGGCACUCGGCUAAAUGCAUCGAUGCUCUUCUACCUUCCAUUUUUCGCCAACUGUCUAAUCUUCAGCACUCAUAUCGCUUGCGUAAUUUUCGCGUUGGUGCCGCAUAUGGCCUAUCUAGACAGUCCGAUACAAUAAAAAUAUCCAAUAAUUUGAUGACUCUGAUACGGGACCAGGAUGAGACAACUUCGAGCCAUGUGAACUCCGAUGAGGCGUGGUCAGCUUCAGGGGUCCUGACUUUCCUCAGGGCGGUCAGCGGGCAGGAAGGGGGAGGACCGAAUAUUGUUCUCUUCGGCCUUGCCCUACUUCUCCAGCUGGCUGAGCUCUCUGCACGGCCCUGGAGCCCAGCUCUCUCAAAUGGCUUCCUCGCCCUUGCACUGCGCUGUUCCUCCUGUUUUCCCGAAGCACAUACUGCUUCUGGGAGCUUCUAUUCCUAUAGUGCAUCUAGUCGCCACAACACUGGUGAACUCCCUUCUCUAACGGAUUUCGAAGUUUCCCUACCUGGUUUAAAUAAAUCUUCUCCCGAUGAAGCCUGUCAAGAAGGCACUAGUAAUGCCUCUAAAGGAGUCAUGCCUUUUAAUCCCCCACAUGAAAUGCACUCAUGGACUUGCCGGCUUCGCAACCAAGUGGAUCACCCCUCAACAGCAUUAAUUCCAGCUCCGGCCAAAAUGUCAGCCUCACACGUGAAGCCGGUCCCAACAAUACCUGGCAUACUUCCUAGCCGAGUACUCAGGUUUAUAGAACCAGCGUCUCUUCGAACCAUGGCCAGCUUACGUCUGGUUUAUGCUGAGCUCCGUGUUGAGGCAUUUGAGCGAAAUAGCCGAGCAGUAUUUGGGGGGGGCGUAGAUCGAGUUGCAUGGUCAGCAUCUAUACCAGCAGCGGCAGCAGCACCAUUGCCACCUAAUCACCGAUUAUUGGGCAAACGAGGAAUUCAGAAUCCAGAAACAAACAAGUCUCUCGGGGAAAAAGGUGGUGCCACUGGUAUCGAGUUGAAUUCCUCUAAAGGGACGAAUCACCUUCGAACCGGAUGA